UACCACUACCUGGCUAAACAAAGGUAGAGAUGCACUUCCUAGGAACAUUACCUGUAUGAAUUAUAUUUAUAAUUGCCGAGCAACACUGACUGAAAAUAUUGUGCAAGAUUAUGCAUACUUAAGCAAGUUUAGGUUUGCUUGCUUUUAAACUGAUAAAACAAAAUGGGACUGAAACGGAUUUCCGAGUCGUCUGUAUUGUUCAUUAUCGGUGCUACGCUGGUUUUCGUGUCAUUUGUUCUAGGCAUAGUUGGUAUUGCGACGCCAGUGUGGACACAAUCGUCAACGAUCAAAAAUGGAACCUCAGUGGAAUAUCAUUCGGGACUUUGGCGAGUUUGUUCAACCAUUGAUCGUUAUCAUUCCAUGGAAGAAACGUUCUGUCUGUCACGCAUAGAGGCAUCUGUAGAAGGUUGGAUGCAAGGUGUACAGACGCUUGAAAUUGUGGGUCUGAUUUUUUUCGUGGUUGGUUUUGUUAUGACGUUAGCACUGCUGCUUUGGUCAUCAAACGCUCGUCUUGCGAGUGCCAAUCCAUGGGUUCUUCUUGUUGCUGGUAUCUUAUUGGAGGUUGGUGUCGUAAUAUACGUUGUCAAGGUGGAUAUGAAUAUCCUGGGUUAUUCGCUGUAUCUAACGUGGGUAGCAUCCAACGGUGUUAUAGUAGCAUCUAUAAUCAUAUACUGCGCCGAACGAAGGAACAGGCGCCCGACAUCGACCACUGUCUUUUAUGCGCCGUCGUCUAACACGAACCCUGUUCAGAUCAGCCAGCCAAUGUAACAGCCUGAGCCUGCUGCUCCCGUUCAACCACAGCCGGUACAGAGGCCGGAACCGCCUUACCCCGGAGCAUUUCAGGUUUAUCCACAACAACAAGCACCGCCACCGUGUCUCCAAGCAAUGACUUACCAGCCUCAUGCGACAGUACAUAAGUUUACAAACCUUCAGUAAUGUAGUUAGUGUACUAAAAUUUAUAUACUAUAGUGCAUAUAUUCUUACGCGUAUUUUGUGACUUGCCACAAUCGAACAACAUGAACCGUUUCCAGACCUAGGUAAACAUGGUAAUGCAUAAUGCUGGUCGUAAUAAAAGUGCCUAAAUAAAUUGCGUGUUUUGCGGCAUACGAGACAACCUCAGAACACUGACGUAGAUACAGCAUUGCACUGAAUCUUUACGUAGCUUGUGGCCAUCUUCUUUCGACAAGCAACAACAGGCAAUUCGGGUGGCAGUACUUUGGCGAUUUUAAGGUAUACUUACGCAUAUUGGAUACACUAGAUUCAUUCCCCGUCGUACCCCACAGCAAUUUUAAAAGUAUGAGCCCAAACGGACAAAUUAACACCCAUCAAUGGAUAAGGUGAAAAGGCAAGAACAACCAAGGUAUUGUGUCACAACGAUGAAUUAGUGACGGCAGGCUCUGUACCUUAAAACGUUGGUUAGCUUAUAUCCUUGCAACACAUCUCCCCUUAUCUAAGCUUAGAGCCCGGAUGUAGCUAAAUAUAGACGAAAGCUUAUACCUUAUAUAUGUAAUAACGCUUAUAUCAAAGAGCAAUUACAAAGGUUCUGUGCUUAUAGAUGGUCCUUUUUCAUUGAUGGUUGAAAAUGUAUCCAUAACUACGGCUUUGGUGAUUGGUUUUAAGUCCCUUUAUUUGAUAACAGUCGUGCAAAAACUACACCCAUGGUCUAAAUACUAUGAAGCUUUAAUGUAUGUACGAUUUGUACAAAUGCUUCUUGUGACAACAAGCACGCAGCAAGACCCAUACAUCUGGCUCUGAUAAGUGGGAAGUAAUUCUCUUUGACUGAUAACAACAGAUGAGUGUAAACAUCCACUUGUGUGUUUUUUCUUGUCACAUUUAUUCACGUCAUUAUUCUUGUUCUUGGGGAGUAUUUGACAUUGGUCUUAAUUAGAGCUAAGAAUAAUGAAGCUAAUCGGAUGACGUCCUAUAAAUAACGGACAAAUACAGUGUUUUACGUCAAUGAUAUAUGGCCAUAUACAAUUUUCAGGUUCAUGAAUACCACCACAGAACAAGGCCAGAGUUAUACGAACUAUAUAUAGUUGGCCAGAACAUAUUGCGUUAUAAUACAAUUUAAACAAGUUUUUCAGCCACUCUAAAACGAUAAAAUCAUUUGUGUAAUUUUGCUGGACAAUUGAAAUCGGCUCAUUAUUCAGAAAAUAUUUGUACUGCUUUAAACUACAUUUCAUGUACGGAUCAUAUUGGAUCUUUGAAGGUCAAGGAAGACAACUGAAAUACUAUUUUAUUUAGUCAUGACGUCGCUGAUAUCGUCCUUGUAUACUUCUGCUGUACAAAUCGUGUGCAAAAAUGUUUACGGUGAUAACACCGUGGUUCUAAAUUGUUAAUUUGAGUUGUCUUUCUUGUGCCACUACCAUACUAUCAAAUGUAGCUCCUUACAUGGAUAUCAUUCAUUGAUGAUCUUAUUUAAGCUUUUGCAAGAUUACUCAGAUGAUAUAAUAUGUAUUUCGUUGUGAUUACAUAAUUCAUUAUGUUUUUAUUUUGUUUUAGCAUAGUUGUUUUGAUACACAAUAAAAGGUUGUUAUAUUUA